ACUGGGAAACACCCGGCCCGGGCGCUGCUGUGUGACUGGGUGACGGCCGGGUGACAGGCAGUGGAUGACGCCCCGGUAGGGGAGGAGAAGGAGGAGAGCAGAUCCCCGGCUCCUCCCCGCCCGCACACAUCGAGCGAGGCAGCCGCAGCAAGAUGGCGGUACAGGGCACCGGGCUACCCCUGCUCUACCCGGGGACCCCGGCUGUGGCCACUACUCCCGGCCGCUGGGGAGAGAGAGCCGGGACUCUGCCGAAGCUGGAGCCCGCGGAGAUCGCCCGGAGGCUGGACACAACUAAGUGGAAACUCGGGAACCGGAGGAAGAUCCUGAUCAGGAACCUCCCGCAGGACAGCAACAGCCAGGACAUACACAAUUUAUUACAGGACUACGAGAUCAAAUAUUGCUAUGUGGAUAAAAUUAAAAAGACCGCCUACGUCACUCUAUCAGACAGAGAGCAAGCAGAAGACGCGAUUUCCAGGUUCCACAAUCACCAGCUCCGAGACCAGGAGAUCUCCGUUCAGCUGCAGCCGACAGAUGCUUUGCUCUGCGUCACCAACCUGCCCCCCUUGUUCACCAUUAAAGAGUUUGAGGAAUUGGUCCGGAUCUACGGGCACAUUGAGCGAUGCUUUCUGGUUUACAGCGAGUUCACCGGGCACUCUAAGGGAUAUGGGUUUGUGGAGUAUAUGAAGAAGGACACCGCUUCCAAGGCCCGCCUGGGGUUGGUUGGCAAGCAGCUGGAGGAUUUCACCCUGUUUGCCCAGUGGGUGGACGCCAGUCAGCUGAUAGAGGAUUUUCUUCACUCAAAGUGCCUGUGCGUCGACAAGCUUCCCAAGGAUUACAACAAUACUUAUGAACUGAUGCAAAUGUUUUCCUUCCUGCACAAGCCAGUCUACUGCCAGCUGGCGGAGGAAGAAAGCGGCUACAGCUACGGGGUGGCAGUGGUGGAGUAUGAAAAGCCCGAGCAGGCGGAGGAGGUGAGGGACGCUAUGGAUGGGACUACUGUGGAAGGAUACACGAUCCAGGUCUCCUUCAGUGCCCCCGGGUCCCCGGGCCGGAACGUGCUAGCCGCCCUCAUUGCUGCGCAGAGGAGGUUGCAGCAUAACCAGAAAGGAUUGCUUCCAGAGCCUAACCCUGCUCAGAUCAUGCAGAGCCUCAACAACCCAGCCAUGCUACAAAUGCUUCUGCAGACGCAGCCCCCCGGAAUGUCAGGGGGACAUGGUUCUACUGACCGGUCUCAUUACAUCAAUCCUACAGUCAGCCAAGCACUCUCACAGCUCAACAAGCUGCACCAGAAGCCCAGUCUCGCCGGGAACCUCCUGCUGCAAAACUAUCCGCAUCUGCAAAUGGCGCAGCAGCAACUUCUACAGCUGAAGAACCAGUCCAACAACAGCAAACCCGGCCUGCUGGGAGAAGCCCCGGGUUCCAUGUUACAGACAGCAAUGGGGACGGCGCAGACAGGAUCAGUGGAGGCCUCCCAGAGGGACAUGCAGAAAAACAUGCUGCCGUAUUACCACAAGCAGCAAUUGAAUUCGGCACUGUCCAGGCUCGCACAAGACAAGCAUUUGGCAUCUGUGGUGUUUGACAGCUCCUUGCUGGCUGCGCAGAAUCCAGCCCAGUAUCAGCCCAGCAAUCCAGCCCAGUAUCAGCCCAGCAAUCCGGAUGCUCAGAAUGUGUACAAGUCGAACAACCAGAUGUCGCUGCUCGGAGAGCCGCCGAGGGAUGUCCGUCUCAGCACUAACCCGUUCCUGAACUUGGCGAGCGUGAUGCCUGGUAACUCCCUGACCGGGAUGGCCGCACCGAACUAUCAGCAGCAUGCAAUGGAUGGUUUACACUCUCAGGACUCCACAGGACAGACGGGACUAGACAACUACUUCACCUACAACCAGAACUACGGGGAUUACUCUCAGGAUGCCCUUCAGCAGUGGUAUGAACAAUAUUCCUCAUAUGGCAGCUCCCAGUUGGACGUCCAGGCAGACAGUGGACAGUCGUCUUCCACUCCGGGUUACGGAGAUUACAACGCGUACAUCCAGGCACCGCCCACCUACUAUGCGAAUGCACAAGGAACGUACCAGCCCGGGGUCUCGCCAUCUGCAGAAAAGGGGACAAGCAGCGACAAAAGAACAUACAUGGUCUCCAACGCUGAAUCCGGCUACGCCGACCAGUAUUCCUCCGCCUCUGGGGAAAACUACAGCGACUCUUAUUUUAAGAGGAAGAAAAUAUAUUAGCACUUACCAUCCAUUAAGUCUCCACCGUGACACCAAAAGAUGCACAAUAUGGGUUAUUUUGUCGCCGCAAGCCAUUUAGUUUGGCACUGAAAGGGUUAGAUUUUGCCGAAACAAGAAAAAAAAAAUGAUAGGACUUCUCAGGCUGAAUUGUUAUAUUAAAUGGGUUAAAUCUUCCUGAAGAUUUGUAGAUAUUUUCUACACCUAGUUGUGUUUUGGUAAAUAAUUGAUUUUCUUUUCUUUUAUUCUUGCUAUGGCCUGCAAAUGUUUGCUUUUUUUUUUUUUCCUUUUUGUAAAUAUUAAGCAAUAAAAAAAAAAACGGAUAGUAAAAUUCUAAUUUUAGAACCGCUUCCCGCGGCCUCUGUUAACGUGCAUGCAUUAGUGAUGGGCAAGGGAAACACGUUGACGUUAGAGUGCACGCUGUUUGCGGCAGAAAUCUGAUAAAAGCUUACAAUCGCUGAUCUGUCCGUCUCUGCAUGAUCACCAGACGUGAAUGCCGUCUGUAAAUGUUUUCAGGCACAAAUUGGAGGGAAAAAAAAAAAAGUUUUAUCCUUUUUGAAGGAAUUAAUAUAGUUAUUAAAACAGUCACUUUUUUUUCACAGAAGUCUUACUUAGAAUUUUCCUGGAUUUGUUGCAACUUCCCUGAUUUGUGAGAAAUGUUGUUUUAUGCUUGUCGCACACAAUUUAUGCAACCGGAAAAAUAUUUUAAGAAAUUAAAUUUUGUAAUAUUUGAA